AUGCGGGGGCCUACCUAUUCGGAGGCUGACCUGUUGGCUCUGAAAGAGUCCCCAUUAGUCAAGAAGCCCGAUGGACUGCCUUCAAUCUCACAAUGGAUGGACGUGCCUGCCGACCAAAACACCAACAGUGGCCAUGCCAACAACAAUAACAACAACAACAACAACGGCAGCAUGCGUCGCAUUCGGGGCGCUCGAGACGGAGAAGGGGUCACGCCAAAUGAGCAGCGGCCGCUGAUCAACCCCAUGGGUCAAUUCGGUCGGCGUCAGAGCAUGCGUAAGUCUUCUGAUGUUCAGGGCAUCAAGGCCGCUAUUGACGCGCUUUUUGUAGAACCUGGCGAAGAGACGGUGCUCGGCCCCCCAAAGCUAGCCUUCCUCUCAGCACGCACCCCAGCCAAGGGAACGGGCGACGCAAAGGAGCGAACAGGCUUCACUUCCACAGAUGGAGACAAUAUUGGCGACCGCUUCCCAAAGAACGAUCGGUGGACACGGGACCGCGAAAACGACCGGAACCGAGACAAGGGCUACGCCAAUGGCCGUCGCGUUCCCCGAGAGGACGGUGAGGGCUGGACAAACGUCAAGGGACGUAAGAGUCUGGGCCAGGAGGACUUUGAGCGCUUCCACCGCAACGGCGACCGCAAUCGCGACAAGCACGAAGGUGACCCUGAGAUGGAUGUAGCCCCGCGCCGUGGCAACCGCGAGCGCAACGAACCGCGCUGGGGUCGUCGUGAUGAUAAGGAUGAGGGUAUAAAAACUGGUGUACAGGGCGGUUGGCGUGAACGCGACCGAGACCGAGAACGUGACAACGGCCGCGAGUGGAACAGGGGCGGCAACCGUGCAGGUGGAGAAGAAGAUCCAGAAUGGAUGGACACCAAGGUGGAGAAGAAGGAGUUCAAGCCUCGCACACAAGAGGAUUUCCAGCGCUGGAAGGAGCAGAUGAGGGCCAAGGAUACACCAGCUGGCGAAAAAGAGGAAUCGAGAGAGGUGCCAGCCGAGAUAUCUACAGCCGUCUCCAUUACCGCUCCGCCCAUGUUGACCGCACCUCUGCACACGCCUUCCGGAGCCGAGCCUACACAGGGCAUUCUCUUCGGAAACUGGGGUAGAGACAAGUCGGUAGAUAUCCCACCAGCAGAGAUCAUCUCGGCGAAACCCAAGCCAGACAAGAAAUCGAGGUUCAUGACCAUGUUUGCGAAACCAGAAGAGCAAGCACCACCCGGCCAAGCCCCAGCCCCAGCCCCUGCGUCUCCAGCACCCGUCAUGGAGGCCAACGCCGACAAAGAAGGAUUCCAGCGCAUUCUUCAGAUGCUUGGUCAAGUCAGUACCGGCCCAUCCCCAGGACCCCAACCUCCAACGACCAUGCCUACACCGACGAAUGGUAUGAGGCAUGGUGGAGGCAUAUCGUUAGACUUCCACCAGCAAUCGCCGCCGCCAGAUCCGCAGCAUGGUAGGCCACCACCAAGGACACUCGAACAGCAGAGUAUACUGGAGAACAUCCUGGCUCCACGUGCUGGCCCACCUGAGUCUCGGCCUUUACAACAAUCACGCUUCAGCAGCAUGUCGCCAGAGAAUGCGAUGUCUGAUCAAUUCAGGCCUCCACGCCCCGAUUCGAGUCACCCAGAAGAUCACUUCCCCCACCAGCCUCCGCCGCAACGUAACGGUCCUCAAGACGCCAAUCUCGCAGCUUUGUUGAACAGUCGCGCGCGCGAGGAAUCGCAACGUGACCAAGCGACAAAACAGCGUGAGCGGGACUUCCUGCUGAACCUGAUGCAGCAACCUUCCCGCGGCACUCCACCUCAAGUACAAGGCCACAACUUGCCUCGCCCGGCCCAGGAAGGUCACAACAUGGCCUUUUUCGAUCAGCAAAGACAGCAGCCUCAGAUGCCGGUUCAGCACCCACCCAAGGGUCGCGGUGUUCUACCCCCCGGCUUCAUGGAAGACCCUCGCAUGUUCUCAGAGAAUGAAAUGAUGCGUCGUGAUGCGGCCGACCGCCAGUUAGAGCUUCAGCAUUUGCAACGAUUACAACAACAGGACGCCAUGCGAGGAAAGAACCAACGCAUGCCAAUGGGAUAUCCUACCCCCGAGGAUCCACUUAUGGGCCUUCAGCGCCGUAGCACUGGAGGUGACCCGCGCAUGCCGACCAACAUGGGCAUUCCUUCGCAGCCUGUACCGGACAUGCCAUAUAUGGGCGGACGCGGCCAACCAGGAAUGCCGCCAACACCUCAAGAGCGACCAAACAUCGCUCCUCCGCCUGGGUUCGGUGGUCCAAUGCGUCAACCACCUGGCCUUAAUGGUCCUAAUGGUCCUAAUGGUCCUAAUGGCCCUAAUGGUCAACAAAUGGGCCCUGGAGGACCGAGCUUCUCAGCUGGCAACACGCCGCUUGGUCACCCCCCUGGCUUUCCGCCUGCUGGCGGUAUCCGAGGAUUGGGCGGCUUUCCAGGCGGACCUGGAGGACCUGGUGGCAAUGGCAUGCAAGGUCCACCAGGCUACUUUCCACCUCCCGGCUACGGCGGACCCCCAAUGCCUGGCAUGCGAGGUGGCGAAGACCCACGCAUGAUGUUCGAUGGCCAAUUCGGUGGGCCUCCACGCCAGCAGCCAGGUCGUCCUGGACCACCCAACAUGUACUAG